GGGUUAGUUCAAGCGGAGGGUGAGCGCCAAGCGUUUGGAUGGUCACUUCAUCUUGGGAAGACCUCCGCAGCAACAUGUGCUCCCGAGGAUUUGCUGUUCCUCGUUUCCUGCUGUUGCUGAUGUGUCUGCCGGGACGAGUCCGAGCGGAGUCCUACCUACAAGACGUCCUCCGAGUCUUGGAUCUGCCGCUCAGUCAGGGUGAAGAGACGCGCCUCCAGAAGAACCAUGUCGGCAUCCUGGUCUCUGCAAUUCUUCUGGCGGUGGACUGCCCAGAGAGGACGGGUGCUUCUCUAGAUGUCUGUGACAAGUGCCUGCCAGUGGACGUGGCGCUCUCCGUGCUGGAGGAUGACGAGAAGCCUUACCUGACAGAGAACGACUUCCAGCGCCUCUCCACUCUUCUGCUGUACUACGUCGUGAAGCUGCCAGAUCUGUGCCGGUCGUCCUCUUCGCCCGCCCGUAGCUACGACUUCUACCUGAGGGCUCUCACCGAUCUCCACGCGGCAGAGGACAACGGCGUCCUGUCGUCGGGUGAACUUCAGAGCAUUCUUCAGAUUGUCAACCAGGACAACAAAACCUCCAGCCGGGAAGGUUCUACGACCUCCAAUUUGAAGAUCCAGUGUAUUGACGCCGCUCAUCUGCUUGAACAGACCAACGUGAAAGAAGGUGUCGCUAUGGCGUCCGUUGCCAAAGUGUCUGCUGCCAUCGUCAGUCACCUCCUGAGAGGUCCCUGUUUCGCUCAGAGGAACCUCCCUCCGCCGGCUUUUUUUACCAACUACAUCUUUCAUUCCCUUAAUCGCACCAGCGAACUCCAAGUUGUAGAUUUGGAAGUACUUCUUCACCAGCUUGGUGUUGGCGGAGAAGGAAAGAAGCCACACGCUCACGACAGGAAGAGGCGAAGCUCGCGGGUCGAGUCGGCGCAUUCGCUGGAGGGUUGCCAGCACCAAGCUGGCAAUUGGGCGCAGGUGUGUUUUUCAGCCAAUCAGCUGGUGUAUAUUUUUUCUCUGGACCCGCAACUGCCCAUUUCGAAGGAGCACUUUGGACAAAUGUGCCCGGCCAUCAUCCAGCAGUUGCUAGGCCACGCGUGCCAUUCUGCAGAAGGCACUGCGAGAGGAGCUCAGCCCACUGCUUUUGAGAAGUAUGGCUACAGCACGAUGGCGGUGCUGCUCAUCACGCUGGGAUCCAUGCUAGGCAUCUGCCUGAUCUUCUUCAACUCCUGCCAGGAGAGCUAUAGCCUCAUCUUGCAGCUUUUUGUGGGCCUGGCCGUGGGGACUCUCUCGGGCGAUGCCCUCCUUCACCUCAUCCCGCAAAUCCUCGGUCUGCAUGGACAUGACGAGGAACACCUCACAGAGCAGACGGACUAUUUGUGGAAGACCGUCGGCAUGGUGGCCGGCAUCUACGGCUUCUUCCUCAUGGGGAAGAUCUUUUCCUUCCUGGUUCCUCAGCACGGACAUAGCCACUCUCGGGGGGGCUCCAAGGGUCCGUCCCAGAGGGGCAAGUCCAUCUCCACCAUCCAGCUGCAGGGACCAGUGGAUGAAGAAGCAGAAACAUCUCCAGAGCAGAGACCUUCACCAAAAAGCUGUGACAUUCCCUUGCUGGCUGUGAUGGUCAUUGUUGGCGACAGCUUCCACAACUUUGCCGAUGGCCUGGUGGUGGGCGCCGCCUUCUCCUCCUCGCCCGAGACCGGCAUGGCAACCACCGUGGCCAUCUUGUGCCACGAGAUCCCGCACGAGAUGGGUGAUUUUGCGGUGCUGCUGAGCUCCGGACUCCCCGUGAAGACGGCCGUGGUCAUGAAUUUUGUCAGCGCCCUGACGGCCUUCGCAGGCCUCUACAUUGGACUCUUCGUCUCGGCCCAGGCUCAUGUGCAGCAGUGGAUCUUUGCAGUGACUGCGGGCAUUUUCCUCUACCUGUCACUGGUGGAGAUGCUUCCUGAGAUGAAUCGCUUCCAGAGUGGGCGGCCAUUAACUGCGUUCCUCCUGCAGAAUAUUGGCCUCCUGUCGGGUUGGGCCUGUCUCCUGCUGCUCGCACUCUUUGAACAUGAGCUCAAAUUCUAGUAUUAUCAUAAUCACAACAAUAAGCGGGGAUAUUUUAUGGCGGUGUCUCCUUUGUGAGGCUUAUUGCUGCCCACCAUGGGUGA